GAAUCUCAUAACAUAAUUCACAAAAUUCACAUUUUUGGGGGUAGAUUGAUUGUGCUUCCGGUUCUGAGGUCAACUCGUCCAAGCAGCAGCGGCAGAAACGCGACAGGGAUCGACAAGAACCUUCACAAACUCAAACCCAAUCCACGUUUAAAGCAUGUCUCACACCAUCCUGCUAGUGCAACCUACUAAGAGGCCUGAGGGAAGAACGUAUGCAGACUACGAGUCCGUCAACGAGUGCAUGGAAGGUGUGUGCAAGAUGUACGAAGAGCAUCUGAAGAGGAUGAACCCCAACAGUCCGUCCAUCACGUACGACAUCAGCCAGCUCUUUGACUUCAUUGACGACCUGGCGGACCUCAGCUGCCUGGUGUACCGCGCCGACACGCAGACGUACCAGCCCAACAACAAGGACUGGAUCAAGGAGAAGAUCUACGUGCUGCUGCGCCGUCAGGCCCAGCAGGCCGCCAACUGAGCCGCGCGACGUGCUCCGGUUCUUUUCCGAUACGCUAUUGUGCAUUGUUUCCUUUUGUUGUUUGUGUACCUCUUGAAGGAAGGCAUAUUUUGUAUUUUACAGUUUGUGUUACGAAUAAACAUUUCAUUGACAUUACAAAAAAAAAAAAAUACA